GAGAUAUAGAGAGGAAGGAGAGAGAGAGUGUGAUAGAUAGAGGGGGGGGGGGGGGGUAGAAUGACAGUUGAAAGAGCAUGUGUGUGUUAGAGGGCUAGAGAGAGAGUGAAGGAGAUCGCGAGCAACCGGAGAGAGAGCUGAGAGCAAGAGAGUCCCUUCUGUCUCUGGUAGGGAGAGAUAGAGAGAAAACAAGGGAGAGAGAGAAGAGAUAGAGCGUUGAGAUCUUUCUCUCGGUCUCUGCUGAAGCACAGGAGUCUAUGCCCAAGCUGGAUCCUUGUCCUCCUCUUCCUCUUGUUGUCUGCGCUGUCUUUAAAACGGAGGGAACCCUCGGACUCAGAGCUCAUCCGUUGCCGUGGCAAUGGGCUGUCGGCUCUCAGGGCCGUGGUUCGGCGAUGGAAUGGGGGUCAGUGGGCGGGAUCUGAGUCACCUGACUAAACGGGAUCUUUCUCACCUGAGCAAACGGGAUGCUCUUAGAAUCCUGGCUGCCUAUGAGCACCCAAUCACGCUGCAGAUCAAGGGCCGGCGUGGGAGGGGUUAUGGCUUACAGGACUGCAGCACGCAGACGGAAAGACACUGGGAGCCCCUCCCCCUGGCCCCCCACCUGGCCCUGCACAGUCUGGGGGUCACAGCAGCCGAGACCAUGUCCAGGGUCAACCCAGACGGACACUACUGCAGCCACAUGAGUCUUCCUCGUGAUCACCGUGACAACGGGAGAUAUGAGUACCUGCCCAACGCUCCACAAGACAUAGAGGACAUGGAUCCACUGGGCUACCAGGACCCAGAGCUGGACCAUCGUGUUCCAAGGGAUCAGAGCUGUUUGACUGGCUGCUGCAACACCAACCUUGAGGAGCCCAGCAGUUUCCACAGCCAGACUGAGGAUGAGGACUAUAUGUUGGAGAAACCUCUGGGCUACCUACCUCUCCACCAUGAGCUGGACAGCGGCCUGGGCUGGACCGACGGUAGCCUGCACCAGGGAGACCUCUCUGGCCUGGAGACAGAGGAGGGGGGUCUGGAGGAGUGUUACCCCAGGGGUGGAGGCUCCGGUGGGGGCCUCCUGGUCAGUGGAGGAGGGGGUGGAGGUGGUGGGUCUCCGUCCUCUGAAUCCUUCAUCUCGUCUGAGCUGAGUGACUCUGGCUUCCAUAGCGUGAGCACCGGAGAGUUCCGCCGUUUCCAGAGGCUGUUAGAGAAACGCAUGCGCCUGUACAAUGCUCGUCUGCACCACCAAGGGGAGGUGUGUGCACGGGAGCGCCGCGACAGCUGGCAGAAGAACCACAGAGAGCUGCUGGAGGCCAUCCCUGAGGCACUGACCAUGCAGCCCCAGCACUCCUACCUCACACCUGGCCUGACUGCUCCAUCCAUGGGCCCUCCACCCCGAGGACUCUUCAGGGUGUCGUCUGUCCAGUUCCGGAAAGCGGAUCGUCCCUGUCUGGGCAAACACAGCUCCAGCAGUGGCUCCCUCUUCAACCCCCAGCAUACCCCUGGUCCCCUCUCUGUCCACGCCUCUGUCCUCUCCACCUGCAGUACCCCCUCCGGUCACCACAGGCUUCUGCUGCAGCACCAGGGCUCCAGCUCAGAGGGUCAGCUGAGGAGAAGCAGGACCCUCCACCACCGGGCUCCACCCCAGGAGCGUGUCAGACGGGCCAGUCACCCGUCCUCCCCCUCUUACGCCACCCUGCACCACUGUGGAGUAGCUUCACUUAGAGGCCUGGAGCUGGGCCUGCCUGAAGAGGGAGAACCAGAACUAGUGCUCAGACACCCAGCAGGACUUGCCCCCUCACCUCUGCACCAUGCAACCUCUCCGGGGGAACACAGAGGGGCCAUGCCCUUACCCAGGGGACAUUACUGGGACAAUAGUGGAGGCCGUGACCAGCUGGUUAAUGACAGGAGGCAGCAGGAGAGGAGCUUCAUGACAGACCUACCAGUGUGGGAGAGGGAGCGAGAGAGAGAAAGAGAGCAAGAAAGAGAACGAGAAAGAGAACAAGAGAAAGAAAGAGAGCGGGAAAGAGAAAAACAAAGGGAGAGAGGAAGAGAGGUGCACCGCUUCCACACCCUCAGCCACCCUCCCCAGACAUCCAUGGACAUCCAUGAGACAUGGCCUAAACCAGCCAACCGUCUGUCCCGCCAGGGGUCCGGGGGUGGUGGGGGCCUCUACAGCACCCUGGAGAGCCACACUGGGUUCGGAUCUGGGGUUGUUGGAGUGUCCAGGAUGGGCUCCAAUCCUAACCACAACCUUGAUACUACCCCUAACACCAACCCCAACCUUCCUAACCCCAACCCCAACCUUCCUAACCCCAACCCCAACCUUCCUAACCCUAACCCUAACCUUCCUAACCCUAACCCUAACACCAACCCCAACCUUCCUAACCCUAACCCUAACGCAAGGGCUGUGAGGAACCAGAUUCUCCGUGAGCGGGCAUCGCGGCUAGCGGACGAGCGCAGCGGGAUGAGUACAGAUGAGGAGAGCCAGGAGGUGAUGAGGGGGAGGUACUGGAGCCGCACUGAGAGACGGGAGCACCUCCUACUGGCCCGCGAGCAGAAACAACAACAACAACAGCAGGCCAGAGGGCAGCAGGCUUACACGAGGCCAGGAGCCAAUGGAGGAUCAGGAUCUAUGAGAGAUACAGGGGUCAACACAAGAGGAGGAGCUAUGGGUGGACAGGGGGGAGGAGUUAUCCGAGAAGGAGAGGCUAUGUCUGGAGGGGGAGGGUCUUUGGGAGACGGCCGGUGCAGCACGGUGCUGGAGCUCAGCCAAAAGAAGUUGAGUCGUCUGAGGAACAGGAAGCUGUUAGAUGAUUGGACGACGGUGGAGGAGCUGCUGACUCAUGGGACGAGGCUGGGCACUGGGGAGGAGAUGUCCCUCUGUCCCAGCUCACUACUGACUGUCACUACUGUAUAGUGUGUCUCUGCGUGUAUGUCUGUGUGUUUUUCCACCAUAAAGCACCAUGGACAAUACAUUUGUUUGAGGGUAAGUGUAUGCGUGUGAGUAUAUAAGUGUGUGUCACCAAUGUACAGCACCUCUGACAAAGUGUGUGUAUGUGUCAGACCUUCUUACUGACUACUGCAACGCACUGCAAGUGUGUAUCUAUUACAAUCUGUGUGCCUGUGUGAGAGAGGAUCGGUCUGUGUGUGUCUGCACCAUGUAUGGCUACCUCAUGCUCAUGGGGUUUGUGAAUCAAUUUGAAACAAUAUAAUAUAAUGUAAUUUUGUUGAUUUUAUCUUUGGGUGUCUUUUGAGUGCAAAAAUGCUGCCUGGUGACAUUGAUGAAACUCUUACAUUUGGACUUUUCUAAAAGCAAUACUGCAUUGUAAGAGAAUCCACCAGAAAACAGCAGCUUACUGGAGAGGAGAUGCCACAACAAAGCUAGUGGAGAACUUUGUGGAUUGAUAACCACCCUACACAAUCAAUGUGUUUUUGUAACAGCGAUCCCAUUGACAGUCUGAAUGGGGAAUGGUGCUGCAGUAGAAGAUUUUGCUACCGGAUGUGAUCGUGCUCAAACUACCUGGUACCCUUGAUUGCACAACAACAAACGCAACCCAUCCUAUCAUUGGAAUGAUGUUUACAUUGCCUGUCUAUUGAGGCAUUCAUUCUGUAUUCUGAAGUGGUUGUUCCAGAGAUAGGUACUGCAGAGUAGAUGGUGUAGGCUGAGCUGGCCAGGGGUUAGUGGUUUGUUGCUGGAGGUCUCUGGAGGUCAGUGCUGUUGUUGUUUAGUACAUAUUCAUUAUGGAACGUACGGAACAACGCUCGGGUACAACGCUCGGGUACAACGCUAGGGAACAACGCUAGGGUACAACGCUCGGGUACAACGCUCGGGUUCAACACUGGUGGUGUGGUGUCACGCUCUAAUGUCUGUCACAUUUUGUUUCUCACUUAAUUGUUCAAUAGAUAGGGGUCAGAUGUCAAAUAGGCUUAUGACAGAGUUAUACAGGAUUAUGUCAGGGUUAUGUACACUUAUGUCAGGGUUAUGCAGGCUUAUGUCAGGGCUAUGCAGCAAAUGUUAACUAAAGUCACUGUGGUAGGUACUACUCAUACUAUCAUUGAUAACUGAAAUGAAAGGUGUGAUCAGAGGUGGGAUUUGCUUUUUGCGUAGCGUUAUCAGCGUUAUCAGGCUACAGGAUCACACACCUUAAUGCACUGUGUGUGUUUCUCACUCAGCGUGCAUGUGAUUCUUACACACACAGCAAGUAGGACUCACACCUGUCUGGUGUGGAGCUGAGAGGCAGAAAAAAAGAAGAAAGAAAGGAACAGAGAGAGAGAGAGAGAGAGAGAGAGAGAGAGAGAGAGAGAGAGAGAGAGGCAUUAGGGGAGUGAGAGAGAGAGCGAGAGAGGCAUUUAGGGGAGUGAGAGAGAGCGAGAGGGGCAUUUAGGGGAGUGAGAGAGAGAGCGAGAGGGGCAUUAGGGGAGUGAGAGAGAGAGCGAGAGGGGCAUUAGGGGAGUGAGAGAGAGAGCGAGAGGGGCAUUAGGAGGGAGAGAGAGAUAUAUAUAUAUAUAUAUAUAUACAGUUGAAGUUGGAAAUUUACAGUCAUUAAAACUUAUUUUUCAACCACUUCACAAAUUUCUUGGUAACAUACUAUAGUUUUGGCAAGUCGCUUAGGACAUCUACUUUGUGCAGGAUACAAGUCAUUUUUCCAACAAUUGUUUACAGAUUAUUUCAGUUAUAAUUCACUGUAUCAGAAUUUCAGUGGGUCAGAAGUUUACAUACACUAAGUGCUUUUAAACAGCUUUGGAAAAUUAUGUUAUGGCUUUAGAAGCUUCGGAUAGGCUAAUUGACAUAAUUUGAGUCAAUUGGAGGUGUACCUGUGGAUGUAUUUCAAGGCCUACCUUCAAACUCAGUGCAACUUUGCUUGACAUCAUGGAAAAGUGGCCAUCACAAAGCCCUGACCUCAAUCCUAUAGAAAAUGUGUGGGCAGAACUGAAAAAGCGUGUGCGAGCAAGGAGGCCUACAAACCUGACUCAGGAAUGGGCCAAAAUGCACCCAACUUAUUGUGAGAAUCUUGUGGAAGGCUACCUGAAACGUUUGGCCCAAGUUAAACCAUUUAAAGGCAAUGCUCCCAAAUACUAAUUGAGUGUAUGUAAACUUCUGACCCACUGGGAAUGUGAUGAAAGAAAUAAAAGCUGAAAUAAAUCAAUCAUUCUCUCUACUAUUAUUCUGACAUUACACAUUCUUAAAUAAAGUGGUGAUCCUAACUGACCUAAGACAGGGCAUUUUUACUAUGAUUAAAUGUCAGGAAUUGUGAAAAACUGAGUUUAAAAUGUAUUUGGCUAAGGUUUAUGUAAACUUACGACUUCAACUGUGUGUGUGUAUAUAUAUAUAUAUAUAUAUAUAUAUAUAUGGAUAAAUAAAUAAAUAAAAAGAGAGAAAAUGUUGGAUUGCUCGUUCUCUCCUCAAGGUGUUCCACGUCACACUCGGCAUGACUCAAACUCCCUGAAUAAUGGAUGAGAAGAUAGGAUUUAUUCCCUUCAUCCCCCUCCUCCCUCUAUAUGUGAGGAUUAUCAAGGCUGAAAAUAGCCCUCCUUUCCUAGGAGAAUUGAAAGCACACAGGAGAGACACUUGUGUUUUAAAGCUCUGCACACCUCAGAGUUUCUCUACCCCCACUGUACUGUUUCCCCCCGGACUGUUUCCCCUCGGACUGUUUCCCCCUGGACUGUUUCCCCCCGGACUGUUUCCCUGCAAAUCUCUGGUUCUGCUCAUUUUCACUUUUCAGAAGACUCUUUUUGGAACAUGAGGAUGAUGUACAUGUGGUUGUAAUAAAGAUAUUUUAAUUA